CGGACACAGCAGAGAUUUAUCUCCAAACUCAAGAUGCAGUUCUGCAGCUUUCUGCUUAUCUUCUGCCUGCUGUCCAUCACUGUGCUGCACUGCAGAGUCCAUGGAGUCCACCUGCCCACAGCUCAGCUGAUGGACCGGACCGGCCUCAGGACCCUGGCCGUCCUCUGGCGCCACCCAGCGGCGAUGAAACCCAGAGGGAAGCCCGCCGUGAAGCUCCUCCGGACAGAAAACCUGUGGACCGAGAACGAUGUGACUGAACCCAAGAGGAAGAGGAGCUUCCCCGGGAACAACGCUCCCCUGGACCGGCUAUCGGUGAACUCCAUGGAGGCCAGACAGGGGAAAAAGAAGCAGAGUAAAGGGCUGGAAACUCCACGCCGACGUCAGAAUCCGCCUCCCAUGGACCGGGUGGGAACGAGUCGUCUACCGUCAACUCGAGGAUAGAGUCCUCCGCUCAGAGAGGCUGCCCUCACCUGGACAGAUGUUUGGAACAGCCAAUCGCUGAUGAUUUGUCGCCACACCUGGACGCCCACGCCUUUAAAAAUGGUGCAUUCAGGUGCGCUCAGUAAAUUCUGGACCAAACACAUGAGUCUUAAGGACAAUCAAUCUUUAUUUGGCAAAAAGAAGUUAAUUUCAGAUUCACGAUUACAAAAAGUUAUAACAAUUUGAUUAGAAUUGGGAAACUUCUUAUGAGAAGUUGUUGUGAAUUUAAAUUAAACUUCCUGUCUUUUGAAAAUGUUCAAACUUCACACCCUGCAGUUACGUAGAUUACCUUUAAAUCUAUAGCUAGGUAAAGAAUAACUAUAAAGAAUACCGAUUCAUCUUUUUAUUCAGUUGAAAGAAAAACUCUAAAUUUUCUAAUAAAUACUAAAAUGGUUCUCAUGUUAAAUAUGAACAUUUACCCAAGACCAGAUUGAGAGGAUUUUACCAAUCCGUGCAAAUUUAAAGCCUCAAAAGUUUAUUGUUGUUGUAAAUAAAUACACGAAACCCUGAGAUGAUCAUUUACAUUGUGAAAAAUGUUUAUCAUUUAAUAAAUUGAAUUUACAGAAGUUUGUCACAGACAACAAGUUACUACUGGGGAUGGAAGGUACCGAUAGUCGAAUAUUGUGGGUUAUUCUUUUUCCAAAAAAGCUCCUUUUUUUUUUGGUGCAUCGAAGAGAGAAAAAUAUAUAUUUACAUCCGUUUUUUGGUAAAACGUCCUUUAAUUAGGCAGCAAAAUUAAUUUGAACAUCAUGAUGGUUCUAAAUAACAAAACUAAAAAUAAAUACAUAAAAUCAAAUUGGAUUUAUUUUAUUUUAUCCUAAAACAUAAAUUCUUUAUAGCUAGUUGCUUUAUUAAACAUACCUAGUUUGAGGCUGAUCUUGGUUCAGUCUUUAGAGCUUCACCUGACUGCACCAUCUUUGGCUCCCCCUGCUGGACUGGAGGCAACUACAGCCUCGACUCGAAGCAUCCGAUGAGACUUGAGAUUUCUGCUCGUAGUUUUUAUUUUCUUAUCGUUUAUUCUGCAGCAGUGCGGCGGGACGUUUCCACUGCAGCUGAAACCAACACAGAAACAAAGUGAGAGGAGGCUGAAGUCAGCUUUGGUUACAACGACAAUCUUCCACUAAGUGAGGAAAGUGCAUUAGUUCAGCAGAAGACUUGGAAUCUGGCUUUCUCAGAGAGGAGGGCUGUAAUGCAACUUUUCUCCUGAGGGGACAAAUGUUUUAUUUAAUGAAAACAAUUAAUAAAGCACAGGCUUAAGCUUUUGGGGGGGAAAGGGAAAAAAAUAUUUGAAAUAGGAAAUGUCAUCUUAGAAAUAUUUUUUUCCAAACUGAUCAAAA